ACGAACUUCAUGACGGGCAAUUGUUAUUCAAAUGAGCCAAAAUAGGAGGAAUCUAGUCUGUCAGCUACAACGGAGGAUACAGUCAGAACACAGCGCGCGGAGCUGGAGGCCAUUCAACACACGCUCGUGGGAACCACCUAGGAAGCACCACAUGCAGUAUGGACUACUGAAAUUCCCAGCUCCUGUUUUAAGGACCGUAUGACAUUUUUGUUUUUCUUAAUAAUAUCGUGCGUUUAAGGCGGAACACAUAAACUGUGGGAUUUGCGAAUACCUUGGAGCUUGUUCGUUGAAUUUACUGAACCGGUUAACGUUCGCUCAGUUGUUUCGGAGUUUGGAGGAAGACCUGGCUCGUUAUCUUCUCUCAGAAACAGAAGCGAAGGGCUGCAGUCGUCUACCUGUUGAAAUCAUGAGUCAGGCGGACAUGACUUGCUCUGCGCGUCAAAGAGUGUUUCAGGAAGCGCUCAGGAAGGGCAAUACUAAGGAACUUCAUUCUCUCUUGCAAAACAUGACAAACUGUGAAUUUAACGUGAACUCUUUCGGACCAGAGGGACAGACGGCGCUGCAUCAGUCCGUGAUCGAUGGCAACUUGGAGUUAGUAAAGCUACUGGUGAAGUUUGGUGCUGACAUCCGCCUGGCCAACAGAGAUGGAUGGAGUGCUCUGCACAUAGCAGCAUUUGGUGGACAUCAAGACAUCGUUCUUUACCUCAUUACAAGGGCGAAGUACUCAUCAAGCGCGCUCUGAGGCAAUCAAAGAAAAUCUGACGCUGUACCUUUAAGCCUAUCAUAUAUUUGACCCCUUUGUGCCAAAGUAAAUGUGUGAUGUAAUGUGUUUAGGAAAUUGAUUUAAUAUCGGUAGGCACAUGAUUCAAAUCCAAAAGGCUAUUUUUGAUAAUGUUGGGUUGGUACAAUGUCAUGGAUAUGGUUUGCCAACUUUUGAUGCAUGAUGAAAAUGAUCACUGUGUUAUUUAUAGAUUUAUUUUGAAAAAAAAAAAAAAAAAUUGAACAGUUGGAUCAAAGUAAGAAAGCUAAAACUUCCUACAGGAUGACAAGACUCAGUGUGCGAAUUAUGGGGGGGUCUGAAUCCUUAGUUAAGGCUUGAACCCCUCCAAAGGAUAAGUUUGGUUUAUAAAUGUUUGUUUUGUUUUAAACACAUCGUUAAUUAAUUUGACAUUUAGCUACAAAAUACAUGAGACCAACAGAAAAUUAUUGACAGACAUUCCUUCAGAAAUCCCGCCCCCCAUGAAUAAUUCGCACACUGACUAGACUGAUAUAAAUAUUCCUGUAUAGAAUAACAUUAUGUACACAUUCUCUCUGCGUAUUGCCUAAACUGAUGUCUGAUACCUCAACUGUAAUGCAUUAUAAUGGUGACAUUGCAAUGUCGGUCAUCAAGUUUAGUAUUAUCUAUCUAUUCACCAUUCAGGAUCUCUCACCUCUUGAACUGAAAUAUUCACGCAAACACUUUCUAGCCCAGACGCUACCAAAUAUGAUUGCAUUUUGGCACUGUUGUGUCAUAAUCAGUACUUUGUUAUGGAGUUUCUGACACUAAACUUUUUUUUUUUUUUUUUCAAGCCACACUUUACUGUUUUGUAAUUCAGAGGUUGAGCAAAUCCAUAGAUCAGUGUAUAUAGACUGCACUGUGUCCUAAAGCACGUCGGCCUUGUCUUCUUAUACCCCUUGUCAACUCAGGCAAGAUGUGGUAAGGUUUAAAUGUCUUGUGACUUCUGGAACGCUUCAAAGCCAGUAUGAAAAUAUGCAUCACUUAUACUUGAGAAUGUUUUAAAUAUUGCACUGAUGGCUGUUUUUUGAGUUGUUGGUGUCAAGCCAACUUUUAAAGAUACUAUUUUUCUAAAUGGAAAAACAAUUCUUAUUGUAUGGAAGCUCCAGGGUGGUUUUCACUCAUUCUUAUCAAAGGCAUUUAUAUGCCAAUGAAUUGAAUUACUGUAUGUAUAAUUAUGUAACACACUCUGCUUGAAUGUCCCUCCAUAAGUAUUGUCAGACAUAUUCUAGACUAUAACAACUUUUGACACAAUGGAAGAACAUACAAGUAAAGUGUCCAGAAAAAAAAAUCUUGGAGCACUUCCUAUCUGAAGUCCCAUCCUCCUCUUUUUAAGGGGGAUGCUACAUGGUAAAACCAGUGCAACAAGAAGUUGCACAAUGCACAAGUCUUUACUUGAUAAUGCCAUAACAUUUAUGACAUAAAAGUAAAAGUAACUUUGAUUGAGAUAAAAGUCAGAUGACUGUGAUUUUUUGGACCAACUUUUGAGAUAUUAUUUUCAUCAAAGAGAAGGCCUCUCAUAAUGAUUUGUCUUUGUGAAUUGUUUUUUUUUGUUGUGUUUUUAUAUCUGUUUAGCUGUUUGUUUAUGUUUCGAAUGAUGUAAGUGGUCAUAUUUUAAAUAUAUUACUUGCUGUAUUUUGUACGUUUUGUACAAAGGCAUUUUAGAUAUUAAAUUCUGUGGUUUUAAGAAGA